UCUACACUCUCAGCUCUGGUACUGUAUGGUACUGUGUGGUUUGCACUACAAUCAGCAGCACACAUCAGAUAGACAAUUUAGGCUCCGUCUCCUUUUUCAUUACACGCUCCAAAUGUGUGGCGAAAGCGCAACCUGAGCAUAGCAAACACUAAGUCAGCAUUAAUACGCAACGAUCUGAAUAGAUGUUUCAAUGUGAAAAAGGAACAGUGACAGGUUUCAGUCGAAUUGGUGGGAUAGCGUCGCACGUCAACACAGAUAUUCAAUCGAUAGUGUACUUGUAGGCUACAGCAUAUUAUCUGUGCGCAUGGGGUUGUCUCUCGCUAAAAUUUGAGUGUGCUGUUUUGAACGGACAUAGCAGCUUUGGUUUUGACUAAGGUAUUGGGGAUAGUCACACAACACGUUGUUUAACCUCUACAUGUUGUGAACUCUCUGUAACCCCAUGAAUAAUAUAAUAUUGUAAAUUAUAAGGGUGUAGCCUUGUCCGAUGGAAUGAAUCAAGACACUAUAAUAUUUUGAUACAAUUUAAUACAGAAUCAACAAUCAAAACAUUUGCAAAUAGUGUCAUACCAUAUGUUUUCACAAAUAAGAUAUUGCGUAUGUAUUUAGCCUCACAUCGACACUGUAUUCCAGAAAUAAAAUGUGUCUGAAAGUUUGAAUUGAUCUACUUGUCAUCACCGAAAUCCACGUUGAAACGCAGAAGUUCCACUGCCUUGCCGCUGCUGCCGGAUUGGGGUUACUGCACUAUUGAGCAGUGGGCUACAGCAUCCUCGCGCGCUAAGACACACGCGGACAUCCUACGAGCUGGAGUUCGGAGAGCACUCACCGGUUCGUUUUGUCUCCUUGUGAUCUCUCAUCCAAGUAUUUUAUUUAGUUUUUAAACGGAAUCAUUCUGUGGUUGAUGGUAUCGGUUAUCUGUCGCAAAACAUUGGAGUACUUUUGGGUCGGAAUGUUUUACGCAUGAAGUCAGCUGGAUGUGUUCUGUAGCCUAUGUCGGACCUCAUCCACCCGAUAUUUUCAAUGGAUUUGAAUAGAGUGGAAAUGCCUUGGGAAUAAAAUCACAAAGUUUUUUUCUAUAUGUUCUAUAAAUUCCAUUGUAACAAGGCAUCACACGGAUACAAACGCAAUGAUUUUCAUCACACUUUAUGUCGUGCUGCCUCUUUUAGAUGUAUUGUAUGCCCAGGAGAAUGUCCUUUCUGGUCCCAACCGCCUCGACUGUGUCAAGGCGAGUGAGCAGUGUAUGAAGGAGCAAGGAUGCAGCACCAAGUAUCGGACAAUGAGACAGUGCGUUGCUGGGGGGAAGGAGAGAAACUUUAGCAUGGUAGCCGGACUGGAGGCGCAGGACGAAUGUCGGAGCGCCAUGGAUGCGCUCAAGCAGAGCCCCCUGUAUAACUGCAGAUGUAAAAGGGGUAUGAAGAAAGAGAAGAACUGCCUUCGCAUCUAUUGGGGAAUCUACCAGACUUUGCAGGGGAACGAUUUCCUCGAGGACUCUCCUUAUGAGACCAUGAAUAGCAGGCUGUCUGACAUAUUCCGACUGGCCCCCAUUAUUUCAGGCGAGCCCGCUGUGACGAGGGAGAACAACUGUCUGAACGCGGCCAAGGCCUGCAACCUGAACGACACGUGUAAGAAGUACCGCUCGGCCUACAUCAGCCCCUGCACCAGCCGUGUCUCCACUGCGGAGGUCUGCAACAAGCGCAAGUGCCACAAGGCCCUGCGACAGUUCUUCGACAAGGUCCCGCCCAAGCACAGCUAUGGCAUGCUGUUCUGUUCCUGUCCAGCCGGCGACCAGUCGGCCUGCUCUGAGCGCCGGCGCCAAACCAUUGUACCGGUCUGCUCCUAUGAGGACAGGGAGAAGCCCAACUGUCUCUCCCUGCAGACCUCCUGCAAGACCAACUACAUCUGCAGGUCCCGUCUGGCUGAUUUCUUUGCCAACUGUCAGUCUGAGCCACGCUCCCUCUCUGGCUGUCUUAAGGAGAACUACGCUGACUGCCUGCUGUCCUACUCUGGCCUCAUCGGUACCGUGAUGACGCCCAACUACCUGCGCUCUCCUAAGAUCAGUGUUGUCCCCUACUGUGACUGCAGCAGCAGUGGCAAUGGCAAGGAGGAAUGUGACAAAUUCACAGAGUUCUUCACAGACAACAGCUGCCUCCGCAAUGCCAUCCAGGCGUUUGGGAACGGGACAGAUGUGGGAGUUUGGCAGCCCAUGCCACCGGUGCAGACCACCACCUCCACCACCACUCCUUCCCAGAAGGCUAAGGACCGGUCCCCCAACUCACUGGAUGUCGCCACAAACACCAAUCACCUCAAGGCAGGGGAUGAGUCCCUCUACCACUUCUGUGGAAGCUUGCAGGCUCAGAAACUGAAGUCCAACGUUUCAGUUGAUGGUGUGCUUUGCGUGGACCCACAGAUCGACGACUCCGGUACCUCCAACUCCAUCGCCAGGAAUUCAGCCGGUCUGCCAUCAUCUAAUACACACCUAUACUCACUGCUGCCCCUGCUGGUCGCGCUGCUACACUGCACCCUGGCGGCGCUCUACCCCGCGGCAGUCUUGUAGCCAUGCUACCUUUCAAAAGCAUGGACAGACUAAAUUUGUAAAAAGAUGAAAUUAUAUUCUCUGUUCCCAGUAUACCUGUUGUAUUUUUAUUUCCCUUCUCUCUGAUUAUUUUUAAACUCUAGUUUGAAGAGGCUUACGUUGAAGCAGUGUGCUAAAGUGAUCUCAAUGUAACUCAGUUUCGCUGUGUUUCUCCCGUUUCUGUUUUACAAAGGGAAAAGCUUCUGUGUCGGUCACUGGGCGAUCAUGAGAAUAUAGGAUGCAUUGCUACAUUCCAAUACACAAUGGCGGGUGGCUUUUUGUCAGUUCCUGGUACAAUGGGAUUUACUGUAUUAAUAAUGGUACGGUCAUUAGGCAGGCGCUUUUAUCCAAGGGACUUUGUGUGUUAAGGCUGAGGUCUUUGAAGAAGCAAAAAAUCCCCAUCACUUUGAUGGCAGUGGUUUAAAUGAGGUAGGCAGCGUAUUAGGUGUCAAUAUAUCUCAUCUGUGGUCUGUGUGUGUGUUUUGAUAUGGUAUCAUUUGGAGAUGGAGAUGGGGAUGGAGUUACGAAGGCCCAGAGGACAGACAGUAUAGAUGGCUAGACCACCAUGGAACCUUUCAUCUAGAAUGGUCUACAGAACUCAUUAUUCUGUUGGGACGCCACCAUUUUAUCACUAACUCGGCCCUCUGCAGCAAAACACUAAUUUCAAGAGCUCACUUUGACAUUGUAGCGCAUGCAAAAAACACACACGCAAAGACACAUGCAGUACACACUCACAUGUCAAGGUUAGUUUCUUCCUAACAUGUACAAUAAGCUAUUUGGGGGAUAUGGCGAAUGUACAUUAUGGAGUCAAACAUUAUUUUGGUCUAUCAAAGCUGUUUGACAUAUUUUCUCUAUACUGGAUGAAAGGGGGGGAAUGGGUGUAGGGUUUUCUCUGGUAGACAGACCAUUCCUACCUGAAUGAAUUUAUACUCUCUGCUCUGUACGCGUGGUAAAGCGCUCUGGAGCUGUUGACAACAGCCGUACAGAUGACGGCGUUAAGAGUUCUAACAGAUCACGUGACAGACGGAUUCUCAUACUCACCGCUCUGUUGUGUACACUUUAAUUACACACAACCAUUCAACACACUAACAUCAAUUUGCUCUCAAUCUAUUGUCAUGUUGCCUUCACAAUAAAACUGUCAAUAUUAUUGGAACAAAGCCUUGUAAAUCUUAUACGAUUGGCAUCUGAGUCAAGCUGACGCAGAACAUGUGACUCUUGUACUUAAAUUGUAGCAUUUUGUAUGUCUCCUGAGAAUUGCUGAGAAAGUAUCAACCUUGUAUCAUAACCAUAUGUAACUUCUCAGAUGUAAUGUGCAAGUUGAAAAUGUCAAUUCAUUUUGAGAUACAUUUGAAAUAAUAAUUUCCUCAUGUGGAUAACCCAGCACACAGUCACUUCACACAUACAUGUGGCAUGUGCGACACAUUACUUUAGCUACUGGACAUUUUAAAGCAUUUGUGACAUGCUGCUUGGGUUCGUGUGGCUUUUCAAAACAAUGUAUAUUACAUGUUAUUUACUAGGCAUUCAAAUUAGAUGUGUGUACUUGAUUGAAACAGUACUUGGAUAAGAAAUGUCUUUUUCUAUCCUGCUCAGGAGCAUUGUGAGCAAUUUAGAUCAGAUUCAAAUUCCCCAUGAAAUACAUCACAUUAGAGAAUAGCAUUUUUGUUUUACAGCAAGCUACAUAUUUUCCCCAGUACAUAUGAUGGAACUAUUGUAAAUGAUAAGAUAUCGAUCUAGCUCUCCUGUUAUAUUUCCUGAGCCAACAAAUAUUCUACCAUAGUUUCAUUUGUGCAGUUGCCUGAAUAUGAUAUUGUUUUUUGGUAUAUAACAUCUUAUUCUUUCUAUCUUUUACUAUUUGGGCCUUUAUUUAUUACACUUUGACGUCCUGCACAAGUAAGGAGCAUAUAGGACCGUACCCAGAGGUUAAAGUACAAAAAAAUCACAUGGGUGAUAGGAAAUGCAAUAAAGGAUAAAGACAAACAUUUUAUCUAUGAGGUCUGAGGCAGCUGGGUGGUUUAACGCAUUGCUAUCUGUAGUCAGAUUGCUGAUAUUUCACAGUGACAGAGGAUGAAUGUGUUGGAAUUUGUGGGUGAGGAAGGAUAAUAAGCCCACUAAGAGGCAGGUGAAGAAAUAAAAUACCCUAGAGUAUUUGUAUUCAUUUACAUCACAUUGGUUGUUUAACUAGAAGAAACUAAUUGCAAUGUUUAUACAGAUUGAAAACAAAGAAUCCCUAAGCUAUCCACAAUACUUCUUAGCCUGUGAAAAUGUACAAUCUAAAUAAAAUUAUAAUUAAAAUGUUGACUCAU